GUCUUGACUGCCCCGCCACAAUCCGAUCGAUUCAAUUCACUAACUUUGUAUGACGCCACUACUGAUUUAUCCCACCGAUGAAGAGCAGGAGAACCGCCCAAGAGUCUUUGUGAUCGGGUUGCCCAGAGAGCCUAGGUAGGUACCUACCUAAAAUAAUUGCCCGCACCGUGUCGCCUGAGAAGCUUGAUUUUCAUUGAAGGAAGAAUGGUGAUAGGGGAGUUAUUGGAGGGGAAUGGGGGCCGAGGGCCCAAAGAUGGGUCCCUUCUUGGUAACCUGCCUACUAUACAAGCAAUCCUUAGGCCAAAAUGAGAGACUCUUCGGCCUUGGUCGCAAUCAUCAUUUGGGCGAUGUGGGAGCGUCUCGGCGUCCUCUUCAGGCUUCUCCAUCACACCUCGACAGAACUUGAUUAGCGUCGCCUCCAGCCGCUAAACACGACCCUUUUAGGCAUGACGUUGGUGUGGGAGGAUAAAAGUAUAACUGUCCGACACGCAAACAUUUUGAACCGCGCAUCAAGCAGGAGAAAGGUCGAGGUUGUGUGUUUUUUUGAUAGCCAACGACAUGAGUUGCGACCCUCGACACCAUCACCGGAACGUCCUCCCCUAUGCUGUCCAACUUAUUAACUAAACCUCCUCAUCAUCAUGGCCAUCCUCUCACCCCCCGACUCUCCAUUCUCACCCCCCUCGUCCCUCUACACCUUCAUCUACCACCCUCUCACCAGCUUCGUAACCUUCAUCCACUACCUCGCUCUCUACCUUCGAGGCGCACCAUAUAUAGCACCCAAAAACAAAAUCCCCAUAAGAGUAGUCUGCCUAUCCGACAGCCACUCCAAAGUCCCUCGCUAUGCCAUUCCAGGAGGCGAUCUGCUAAUCCACGCGGGUGAUCUCACCAAUACCGGCUCUCUCGCCUCCAUCCAACAAACAAUCGACUGGUUGAAAACACUUCAAAAACCCUGGCACGGGUCAGCAGACGGAUUUCGUCAUAUUGUGGUUAUUGCUGGUAAUCAUGACAGUUACUUUGACGAACGAAGCCGAAGUGCCCAUGAUACACGAUAUUCGAAACGACAACUCGAUUGGGGCAGGAUUCAUUACUUGCAACACUCGUCCAUUACGCUACCGUUUCCUGACGGGCGGUCUUUGAAGGUUUAUGGAGCUCCGCAGAUUCCAAAGGUUGGGGGAAAGGAACAUGCGUUCCAAUAUCCACGGGGACAAGAUGCGUGGACGGACACGGUUCCCGACGAUGUCGAUGUGCUGAUUACGCAUAAUCCACCAAAGUGGCAUCUUGACUUGGCUGCGAAUGGCGGGUUGGGCGAUGAAUUUGAAUUGGCGGAAGCGUGGCGUGUCAAACCUACGUUGCAUGUCUUUGGACAUGUUCAUUCAGGGCAUGGAAAGGAGGCGGUCUGGUGGGAUGAGGGUCAGAAAACUUAUGAAGAUUUUCUGGCCAGUGCGUACCAGAAGCCUGCGGGUACUGUGGCGAGCCAUCGUCUGCCUUUGACCGAGUUGUUUGACAUUCCACUCUGGGUGCUGGCGGUCAAGUCUAUGGUUGCGGAUAUGCGUGGUAUCCUAUGGACACGUCUUUGGGGUGGUGCUAGACAUGGUGGAUAUAUGGUCAACGGGGCCUUAACUUAUCAGACGACUGAAAAGUUGCUCAAUAAGCCGCAGGUUGUUAUGCUGUAAAAAUAUGUGUAGAUAGAUAGCUCUUGCAUGGACAUGUACAUUCUAGACGUCUCUGGAGCGAGCUCAUAUGUAGGCCCAACGGC